AUGUUUGCCCUCCACCAGAGCCUGAUUGAAUUUUACUAUAUGUGGAAAACAACGGAUCAUUACAUUCAACAGAAGCGGAUCAAAGCGGCCGAGGCCGAGCAUCAUCUCAAACAGGUCUACAUUCCCAACUAUAACAAACCCAAUCCUUCCGUGCUGUACCCGAACCCGGACAGUCCCAAUGCUCCGACCAGUUGUGAAGGUUGUAGCACAGCCAGUUCUGCACAAUGGUACGCCCUAGGUCCGGCUACCUCACCUUUGAAAGUGUGCGCCGAGUGUUGGGCUUACUGGAAACGGUACGGGGAUUUGAAAGCAGCCUCAAUUCUUGAUAAAGUAUCCGAUCCCACCUCAACCAAUCCCUCAAAUCCCACCACUCACAACAACCGAUCAACUCCCAAACCCGAUUUGAUCAAACCUGCAGCACACAAAACCCUCGCUCCUCCACAACCCAGCCCAGCCCGUGAUCCGUCCACUCCCAUUGGGCAACUGGUCAACGCGGCCGUGGAUGAUGAUGCUCUGGCCGCACGUCGUCUCGCUCACAGACCGCGUAGUGGAAUCAAUUUCCAUUUUAUUGCCCCCAUUCCCUUGCGUGUGGCUCGACGUUUGCGACCGCACAAUACGAAAAAAUGUCAUGAACGGCUUGAUCGGCACAGAUUCGGGCCCCGCGGUCCCUCAGAAGCGGCCUGCUCCCGUCGAGGAUAG